CUGUGGGCAGGAAGGACGUUCGUUUCUUCAUUCUGCUCCGUCUUUGGCUCUCGCUGCGGAAAAAGACGCUGCCGGGACAAAGCUGUAAAUAUGGCAGAAAGUGAGAAGGAGCUCUACGAGUUCGACGUCCCGUCUCACGAGAACUUCCAGGAGCUCCUGAAUUCAGACGUGGACGACCAGUGGUUCGAAAAGAAGACUCGUUUUGCAGUCACCCCUCUGAAAAGGGCCGAGCCGUCUGCUGAUGGUAAACCUGAGGCUGCCGGCGCCGGACCCCAGGCCCAGGGGCCGCCUGCCGGCGCCGGACCCCAGGCCCAGGGGCCGCCUGCCGGCGCCGGACCCCAGGCCCAGGGGCCGCCUGCCGGCGCCGGACCCCAGGCUACUGGGGUGUCUGUUGGCGCCGACACUAGACCCAAGGCUGCUGUGGCCCCUUGUUUUCACAAGGCCCAGGACUCGAACCCUGAAACCUCUGCACGGCCCCCGAACCUGGUCACCUCCUGGGGGGCUGAACGGUGCACUGGUGCACAACCAAAGAGGAGCAACUCCAACCCGGGCCCUGCUCAGCCACGCAGGGUUUCCAAGCGUCUAACAGUUGGUGUCUCCUCGGCACCGCCGUCUAAAAAGCGUAAAGAGCAGGGCACUUCUGAAGAGCGUGAGCUGGAGCGAAUCAAGAACCUGCAGAAAGAAGUGGCUCAGCAUCGCAAAAAGAACGAGGCCAGCUUCAAGGCAGCGCUGGCUGGCAUGCCGCCGCCAAAGAAGAUGGUCCCGUCUGCCACGGUGCCAAAAGACUUCCACUUCUCCACCGACAGUCGAGUGAAGGCGUCCGCUGCGUCCAGCACGUCCCUGAAGGAGCUGGACUUCAGCAGCCAGCUGCGGAAACCCUCCUCCCCGAUCAAGACCAGGAGAGGCGCCACAAUCCCCAAGCCCUUCAAACUGUCCGGAGGCGCCAAGCAGAAGAAGCCGGAGGAGGCGUCCGCCUUCGUGUCCAUGGCUCAGAGGAUCCAGCAGUACGAGACCAAGACUCCUCCGCGCUACCACCUGCCCAGCCGCCACACCCAGGAGCGAGGGCCGUCCCAGGGGAAAGGAGACCACCUGAAGAUCACCCAGCCUCACUCGCCACACCUGAUGACCCUCCGCAGGGCCCGGCCCACCUCGGUGAAGAGCAGCGCCGAGCAGGAGGCCGAGGAGGCGGAGCAAGUCAAGAACUUUAAGGUCAAAGCUCUGGAGCUGAACCGGAAGAUCCUGGAGGGGGCGGAGCCUCUGAAGAGGCCGGCGACGCGGGAGCCCACGGUGCCGGAGAGCUUCGAGCUGGAGAUCGAGAGGAGGCUGCAGGAGAGGCAGAGCGCCAGGAGGACCGCCGAGGGACCCCCACCCUACAACUUCAGAGCCAGACCGCUGCCCAGAGACGUCCUGGAGGGAGUCCAGGGAGUCCCAGAGAAGAAGACGGUCCUUCCCACUGUGCCAGAGUCUCCAGCGUUUGUCCUGAAGAAGCGGGUUCGAGUGGAGCCCCCGGUGGAGGUGAAGCGGCCCUCCCCUGUAAAGACGCGCUCCAUGCUUCACUCGUGCGUGCCCUUCCAGCCCCGCCUCCCGGAGAACCCGCAGGUCCAGGUGUGCCCGUUCUCCUUCGAGCAGAGGGAGCGGGAGCGCCAGGCGCUGAAGGAGAAGCGGCUGAAGGAGCAGCAGAAGGAGGAGGUGGCCCAGUUCAAGGCCCUGCCCCUGCCGGACUUCAACACCGUGCAGCUCCCCGAGAAGAAGAAGGUGGAGCCCACCAAGCCGGAGCCCUUCAGGCUGCUGCUGGACGAGCGAGGAGCCGUGAAGGCCAGCCGCUGGGAGCAGAUGGUCAAAGAGGAGCAGCAGCACCAGCAGGAAGCCGCCACCUUCAAGGCCCGCCCCAACACCGUGGUCCACAAGGAGCCGUUCAGACCCCGGAAGGAGGAGCGCCCGGCCGUCGCCGUGGAGGCCUUCGAGCUGGCCACCGAGCGGCGGGCCAGGGACUGGGAGGAGCUGGAGCAGCAGGCCGACCUCAAAGAGGUCUUGAAGGCCCAGCAGGAGGCGGCCAGGAGGCUGGAGGAGGAGCAGAAGGAGAGGGAGGAGAUCGCCAGGCUGCGGCAGGAACAGGUGCACAAAGCCCAGCCCAUCAGACACUACCGGCCGGUGUCGGUUAAGAAGAGCGAGAUUCCUCUGACCAUCCCCGAGUCGCCCAACUUCUCCGACCGCUUCCGUCUAUAAACUCCAGCGACUUCUUGACUUUGUUUUUAAUGUAAAUAUUGCCUCCUCGUUUAGUUUUAGAUUUUAAUCCUGUUUUGCAUCAUUUUAACUUUUGGUUGUAUUUUACUGUUAAGUUCACAAUAAAGUUCACCUACAGUGGCC